GUGAAACCUGCAUUUGAAUGGUCCAAUCAGCGCUAACCUUCAUGAGACAUUUAAAAUCCCGCUCUCCAGACCCCAUCGGAGCCUAGGAGAGAACGGGUGUGCGAGGAGCACCUGAUAAUUUUUGCAGUUUGACCACUCUUUGCUUGUUAGUCUGGAUUCCUCAGCCAAAAUGCCUGCUCCGGCUGCAGCACGUGAAAACAGUCCUGGCCCCAGCCGCCUCAAGAGCUUCAAAAAUGCCGGGAAAGAUAUGGAUGAGAUGCGCAGACGUCGCCAGGAAACCAGUGUAGAACUUCGUAAAGCCAAAAAAGACGAACAACUUUUGAAGAGACGAAAUGUUGCUCUUGACGACCCAACUUCACCCCUUCAGGAACAGAAUACAUCUGGUCCUACCAUGUGUUUGGAAGAGAUUAUUAAUGGCAUCACUUGCAAUGACACAAACAAGCAAGUCAUAGCCACACAAUCUGCAAGAAAGAUGCUUUCUCGAGAGCGCAACCCUCCCAUAGAUGCCAUUAUUAAUGCUGGCAUGGUUACACCUCUUGUCGCAUUCCUUGAUAGAGCAGACAACCCACCACUACAGUUCGAAGCAGCAUGGGCCCUCACGAAUAUUGCUUCUGGAACAUCAGAGCAGACACAGGCAGUUGCAGCUUCAGGUGCUGUCCCAGCUUUUGUAAAGCUGCUGCGGUCACCCCACAGCAAUGUUGCAGAGCAAGCUGUUUGGGCAUUAGGUAACAUAGCUGGAGAUGGCCCAGAACUCCGAGACUUUGUAAUCAAAGCUGGUAUUGUUAAACCUCUCCUUGAACUCAUCGGCCCAGAAAUUGAGCACACAUUCCUGCGCAAUGUUACCUGGACACUCAGCAACCUAUGUCGAAACAAAAAUCCUUCUCCACCCUUUGAAGUAGUAAAGCAGUGCCUUCCUGCCCUCAGCCAGUUAAUUAGCCACCCAGACAAAGAAGUACAAGCUGAUGCUUGUUGGGCACUGUCAUAUUUGACUGAUGGAACAAAUGAAAAGAUUCAAGAAGUCAUCAAUGCAGGAGUAGUUCCUCGACUGGUAGAAUUGUUGAAUUGUGAUGAGCUUCCUGUUGUUACUCCUGCUCUCCGUGCCAUUGGCAACAUUGUCACUGGCAAUGACUCUCAGACUGAUGUGGUUAUAAAGGCAGGAACACUACCUGUAUUCCCCAAGUUGCUGAGGCAUCAUCGUAGCAACAUUGUUAAAGAAGCUGCCUGGACCAUUUCGAAUAUAACUGCUGGCAAUGUAGAGCAAAUUCAGUCUGUUAUUGAAUUUGGGCUCAUUCGACCAAUUUGUGAAGUCCUAGAAAAGGGAGAUUUCAAGGCCCAGAAAGAGGCUGCUUGGGUUGUUACCAACUAUACUUCUGGUGGCUCAACGGAACAAAUUGUUGAAUUGGUGCGUCAGGGAGUCCUGCAACCUUUCUGCAACCUCUUGACAACCAAAGAUGCUAAAACUGUUAUGGUAGUCCUUGAUGGCAUUGGCAACAUUCUUCAGACGGCAGAAAAAUUGAAUGAGGUUGAUCGCUUAGGCCAGAUGAUUGAAGAGUGUGGCGGUCUGGAUAAGAUUGAAGAACUCCAGAAUCAUGAAAAUGAGGAUGUGUACAAAAAGGCCCUUGACAUUAUUGAGAACUACUUCAAUGAAGAAGUUGCCGAUGAUGUUGUGAGCAGCACAUCCAAUGGCCAGGCCUAUGAUUUCUCUUCUGGCAGUAACUUGCCAGAUGGAGGCUUCUCUUUCUAAAUUCUUCCAAAUGCAGGAGUGGUGAUAGAUGAAAAAUGUCAGUGCCUUCUGAAAAAAGGGGUAUUCUCUGUAGCAGGUUGCUCGUUUCAACAAGUGCAGAAUAAUCGUAAUUUCACACCAGCAUUUGAAUCUUUUUGUUUUACUAAGAGUAGAAUGCCAUUUUUUGUUGCUAUCAAAGCAUUACAUGCAAACAAACUAAAAGUUGUACUGCCUAGGAAACAAUGACCAGUGAUUUAAUCCAAUUAAGGUGCCUGAAUUUCUAGUUGAUUGUUCUUGAAAAUCCUGCUCUUUACUUUAGCUAUUGAACCUUUUUAGAAGUAAAAUUGUUUUUAUUAAAAUGUACAAAGUUUGGGACCAGGUACACUGAAGAAUAGUUUUUCCUAGAGUUCCAGUGCAAUGUGCUUUUCUUCCUUUUCCUGUCAUACAUAUUAUUUUCAUAUUUCUAUAUCUUGAAUAAAAAUUUAAACAAUUUUCA